UUUUUUUUAUAUUAUUACAUAAUAUUUCAGGACAGUAAAAUUUUCCCGUUUUUUUUUAUUAAUAAUAAUCAUGUUUCUAUAUUAAAAUUAGUUUAUUGCCCCUUUUUUUAUAUAUUAUAAAUGUUAUAUUGCAAUGGAAAAAAUCCCCCCAAAACAAGCUUAUAUUAACACAAGUCAAAAUAGAACAGCUAAUCAUAUAGAAAAUAACAAACAGCAGCUUUUGGCUAAACAGCAAGCAGAGAGUUUGAAGAAAAGUUCAAAUAGACUUCAUAAGCCAGAUGAGGAGCAAGCAUUACUAGCUAAACAACAAGCAGAAAGGCUAGGAGUAUAUUCUAGGCGAUUACAUGAGCCAGAUAAGGAACAAGCAUUACUAGCUAAACAGCAAGCAAAAAGGCUAGGAGUAUAUUCUAGGCGAUUACAUGAGCCAGAUGAAAAGCAAGUAUUAUUAGCACAAGAGCAAGC